CGCAAGACAUUUAUAUCGCGUAACAACCAAAAUCACUCUACCUUUGUGCAAUAUUGGAGAUCUAUUUUGAGAAAAUUCUCCUUCCGCGUCCAGCAGAACUGUAACCCUAAUGGUUUUGAGACGUUUGAUAAUAGAAAUCGCCAGUAAUCGAGAUAAUUUCACUCGUACAAUCUACAAUAACAAAGUUCACAAAGUUUAUGACAGUGAGUGCAAACAGGUGAUUGCGAUACGACGAAGUCUCUGUUCAUCGGCUGCCCAACAGCAAGACGAAGGGAUAAACAUGACCGAGUUCAACACUGUUAGCCGGCCCUCUGCGCAUCCUGAACUGCUUGGUAAUAAGACCUUCUUUCCUGAUCUGCCGAAAUCUGGGCCAUUGACCAAGUACCGACAGCAGGCGACAAUCGACUGGCGUAAGGUGAAACUAGCGCUGAAUGAUGAGGCGUCUUUGGAUCUGCAAAACAGCACGUGGAAUUUCCUUCAAAAUCAUCCGCUAUUUGCUCGAUCCAAUCGAAUUCUAACAACCGACGAAUGUCGCCAUUUGGCUACGAAGCAGAUGUACGUGUUACAGAAGGCCAAUCUUUUCGGCAUCGAGAAAAUUUUGGAAAGACCAGAUUUUGUAGGAUUCUUUAACCACUUGCUCAUGGCCUAUGAUCCUAAUUGUGCGGUAAAGUACUCACUUGGAUUUGGGAUGUUUCCUUCCGUCAUCCAAGCACUUGAUGUAGGUCGCCUAUCGCAUAUCAUUCAGCAAAAUCAGGCUGGUGAGAUCCUGGGAGCAUUUGGACUGACAGAGAUUUCCCACGGAACUAACGCCAAAGGAAUGCGAACUAUGGCAACAUACGACUCAAACACCAAAGAGUACGUACUGAAUACACCGGACUUUGAGGCUGCAAAAUGUUGGAUUGGAAACUUGGGAAAAACCUGUACGCAUCUUAUUUGCUAUGCUCAACUCUAUACCGAGGAUGGUAAACACCAUGGUCUAAACGCAUUUGUCGUGCCGGUGCGCGACCCGAAAACGCUAAACGCCUACCCGGGAGUAAUUGUUGGCGAUCUUGGAGAAAAGUCCGGCUUGCAUGGCGUAGAUAAUGGAUUUGUCAUGUUUAAGAGCUAUCGCAUUGCACGGGAUUACCUGCUGGCCAAGACCGGUGACGUCAAUGAGGAGGGAACAUUCGUUUCUCCGUUCAAAGACGAAAGCAAACGGUUUGGAGCUUCGCUAGCAGCACUAUCAGGAGGAAGAGUUGGAAUUUGCGGUAUCGCAAAUAUGUAUCUAACGAAAGCUAUCAGUGUUGCUAUUCGCUACUCCGCCAGCAGAAAGCAGUUCGGUGCGGAUGACAAUUCUGAAGAACUGCCGGUACUUGAGUAUCAGUCGCAACAGUUCCGCCUUUUCCCACAUUUUGCUGCCACCUACACUAUCAAAAUGUUCAACUUGUGGUUUGCCAAGGUGUACGGGGAUGUUCUACUGAAAAUGUUGAUGGGUGAGAAGAGUGAACAUGUUGGAAUGGAAGUACACGUCUUGUCUUCGGCGGCGAAACCGGUGUGCACGUGGGCGGCACGAGACGGCAUCCAGGAGUGUCGGGAAGCCUGCGGAGGACAUGGGUUCUUGAAGCUAUCAACGCUAGGAGACUUGCGCAAUGAUAACGAUCCGAACUGUACGUACGAAGGCGAGAAUAACGUUCUCAUACAGCAAACUUCGAAUUGGUUGCUUGGAGUUCGAUCACGUGGCUAUGAUGCGUUUGGCAUAGUCUCCCCUCUUGGAAGUGCAGCUUUUUUGAAGGAUUUUGAACAAAUUGAACAAUCUAAAUAUUGUUGUAAAACACCACAGCAGGCACUUGAGAUUCAAGGUUUAUUGGACGCACUUAACUGGUUAGUAGCGUACCUGCUUGAAGAAACGUACAAAAAGACGGCACUGUUGAAACAAAAAAGUAAAUCUUCAUUCGAAGUUAGAAAUGAAUCACAAUCGUUCUUCGCAAGAACAUUAUCAAUCGUGUAUGGCGAGAGGGUGCUGAUAUUCGUGGCAGAUAAAUUUUUGAAAAAUCUAGAGGAAGGUUCGGAAAAAAUCGCCCUCACACGUUUGGUUUCUUUGUACGGCGCUAAUGCCGUACUGAAGUACAGUGGCAUAUUCUACCAGGGUGGUUAUUUUACACACACAUCGAAUGCAUUGGACCUAUUGCAGCAGGGAGUAUUAGAGCUGUUGCCACUGAUCAAAACUGACGCCAUUUCGCUGGUGGAUGCCAUUGCUCCGCCGGAUUUCAUUCUCAAUUCCCCCCUCGGUAUGAGCGAUGGCGAGGUAUACAAACACAUGGAAUCGGCCAUCAUGCAAGCUCCGGGAGCAUUAGAACGACCACAAUGGUGGCGUGAUGUAGUUUACAGGGGCUACGCUCAGGCGAAGCUGUAAUAGUUAUUUUUCGUACAUUAGAAAUGUAUUUGUGAUACUUCAGGUAUGGGACAUCGGGGUUAACAGGUUUUUUU